GGAACUGCUGCAGCUUCUAAUUAUUAGAGAGAGAGAGAGAGAGUGUGUGUGUGUGUGUGUGUGUGUGGGCGUUUAAACAUGGCGGGGGGUGGCGGUGCGAGCACGGGGCGGGAGCUGAGCGAGACGCCGACGUGGGCGGUGGCGGUGGUGUGCGCGGUUAUCAUCGUCGUCUCCAUCUUGCUCGAGAAGGGACUUGACCACCUCGGAGAGUUAUUUACCAAGAAACGCAAGAAGGCUCUCUCCGGAGCUCUCGAGAAGAUUAAAACUGAGUUGAUGAUUCUCGGCUUCAUCUCUUUACUGCUGACUUUCGUAACGAAGUACAUUCUUCUAAUCUGCAUACCAGAGAGCGCGGCAGAUACCAUGUUACCGUGCCGCCUCAGAAAAAAAGGUGACAGCGGAGGGGAACGGCGAAGACUUUUAUGGGAAGCUGCAAUUUCAAAUUCGAAUCGUAGGAUCUUAGCUACAGAUACGAUAAAAGCGUGUCCUGCUGGGAAGGUUCCACUUGUCUCUUCACAUGGACUACAUCAGCUUCACAUUUUCAUUUUCUUCUUGGCCGUUUUUCAUGUAGCAUAUAGUGCUAUUACAAUGGCUCUCGGAAGAGCAAAGAUUCGCAACUGGAAGGAGUGGGAGAAGGAGACUUCAUCCCUUACUUACGAAUUCUCUGCUGAUCCUUCACGAUUCAGGCUCACUCACGAGACAACUUUCGUGAGACAGCACGCAAGUUUUUGGAGCAGGCCACAAAUUUUGCUUUAUACGGUUAGUUUCUUCCGGCAAUUUUUUAGGUCUGUUGGCAAAUCAGAUUACUUGACGCUGCGCCAUGGAUUCAUCACUGUUCAUUUAGCUCCUGGAAGUAAGUUUGAUUUCCAAAAGUACGUAAAACGGUCUUUGGAGGAUGACUUUAAGGUAGUUGUCGGCGUCAGUCCUGUUUUAUGGGCAUCUGCUGUGAUCAUUUUGCUUCUUAAUCUUCAUGGUUGGGACGAAUUGCUCUGGGCAUCGACGAUGCCCCUCGUUGUAAUCUUGGCAGUUGGAACAAAGCUGCAGGCCAUUAUUGCAGGGAUGGCCAUUGAGAUCCAAGAGAGGCAUGCUGUGGUUCAGGGAAUCCCUCUAGUGCAGCUUAGCGACAAACAUUUCUGGUUCGGACGUCCUCGCUUAGUUCUGUUCCUCAUCCAUUUCACUUUGUUCCAGAAUGCGUUUCAAAUUACUUCUUUUGUUUGGAUGUGGUAUGUGUUUGGCUUGCACUCUUGCUUCUAUGAGAAUAGGAGUCUUCUUACCGCAAGAUUGUGUCUCGGCGUGGCGGUCCAAUUCGUGUGCAGCUAUGUUACGCUGCCACUUUAUGCUCUUGUGUCUCAGAUGGGAUCACAGAUGAAGAGGUCCAUCUUCGACGAGCAGACGUCGAAGGCCCUCAAGAAAUGGCACGAAGCUGUUAGAAAGAAGAAAACCAAUAGAGUAUCCCUGCAUCCUACUUUGGCGAGCCGAGACACGAACCCUGGAACAAGCACAAACACGACCACUCUUUAUCGAUUCAAAACUGUAGGACACACUGGCAGAAUAAGAGAAUCCUUCUCAGACACGGAUAACUCGGAUCAAGAAGCAGACGUGCCGUCGACGUCACCACCAGCAACCGAGAACUUGACUUCGAGUAACAUGCAGGAGAGCCAACAAGAGAGGCGUAUCGACGUAGACGACUUCUCGUUCUCAAAGCAUUCUGCUGCGCAAAACAGGCAAGAUCCGUGAAUGUAAGGCGAGGGAAGACGAAAAGUACAAACAAAUUUCCUUCUUGAUGAAGGGUCUGAUCGUGGGGUCACCGAGCACACCUCAAAUCCACAUAAGAUACUAGCGCAGCGGAAACAGAAUCUUUCGUAGACAUAUUCGUAGAAAAAACAAGCACAAGGAUAACAAAGCAAUAAAGAAAACAAAAAAUAAUAAAAACAUAAAAUUUACGUGGUUCGGCCAAUCUCGAGUCGGUCUACAUCCACGGACAAGACCACCUCAAUACUUUUUUCGAUUAAUUCACAGCACAAAAGUAUAAAGGAGUCGAUUGGAUGAUAGGAAACUCUCUCUUAAUAGCUCUCCACCUUUUUCUCUCAAUUAUGGUGUCUACAAUGAAGCUCAUAAUUUAAAAAAUUAAUUACAAGAGUUUAUAUAAUCCUAAAAUUCUAAUCCUAAUAGUAAACAAUUUUCGCCUUCCAUUCAAGUCUGAUUCACAUGUAGUCAUCAAUAUCCUUUUAAGAAUACUCUUUAGGGCGCGUUUGGUUCGAGUUAUGUACUAUUACAGA